AUGGAUGCAGCCGGAUACAUUGACAACCACCCCGGCGAAUUCGAGUCUCCUAUUCAAACUGCAAAACAAAAUAGCAGCAACAGGACUCGAACCCUCGACCAUCUGCUUCGUAGUCCGCUGCGUUGCCACUGCGCCACCGCCACACUGAUGCCUUACUCUAGCGCCUCGCUCAUCACUGGGUUCACCAGCUGCGCCGGAGGAAAAUGGCCUUGUAACUCGCCCCACAAAACCGCUCGGCACCUAGCGAAAGUUGCCAAGAAAAAACUGGCAGAUGCUGAGCGAGCUCUUGUCUUGGAGCAGUCCAAAGUGAGCACAUUAGAAGAUAAAGUGAAUGAGCAACAACAACAGCUAUCUGCGUAUCAAGUUGAUAUUGAUAUGGUCACGGAGCAGCACAGGAACAUGAUCUUAGCUAGAGACGAAGAAAUUAAGAAAUUGAGGACUGAACUGGAGCGUUCUCAGCUUGGUUCAACAUCUUCUGAUAUCGAUACGGGUAAUGUAGAACAGACUAUACUGGACUUACGGAAAGAGAUUGCUCAUUGGAAGUCACUUGUUGAAGCGGACUCAAGCAAGGUAUCGCCUAAGGAAAUGGAGGAACGGCUGGCAUCAGAACGGAGACGAAAAGAGGAAGAGAUAGCUUCCUUGGUAGAAAUGCAUACUCGGAAUAUGAAUGAAAUGAGAGAGAUGUAUGAAGAGCGAAUAUGCGCAUUAGAAGGUAAAGCAUCUUCAUCAACCAGCAACACAUCCUUGCUGGACGCAGUCUUGCUUGAGAAGGAAGAGCUGUUAGAAACUAAGAGGAAACUUGAAGAAAUGGUUAAGCAACGCGAAAGCGCUUGCCCUUCAACAGCUGACGCAUCGGUCACUGCAGCAGAUGAUCGACUUGUCGUACUCGAUUUCGUUGAGAGAUCAGGCAAUAGCAAUGACGUUUCUGACUUGGAAGAAAAGCUACGAGAAGCACAGUCUAUGAUAGACCAUCUACAAGCGAGUACAUCAGAGAUGGAAGCUAAAGUCGCUGAAGCAGAAAACUUGAAAAUCCAGCACAAAGAGCUUGCACAGGCAUACAAUGAUCUGAACGAGGAGUUUGAAAAAUACAAGGAGGCUACUGCUGCAAAUACACAAGACAAUAACAACCAGGAUCUAACACGACGAAUAGAUCUUCUGAAAGCGAACCUUAUCGAGUACGAGGAGCGCUAUGAAAUGUGCAAACGAGAGAAUUUGGAGACUGUAGCCCAGCUUGAACGUCUUUCUGGCGAAUUCGAACGUCUGAAGACAGGAUUUGCUGACGUGCGCGACCAGAAGGACUCAGAUAUGUCUGUAGAAGUGGAGCGGUUACGAAUGGCAUUGGAUCAAGCGAAGCAAGAUCGAGACCGACUUCGUGCUGACGUUGAUAAGUUCCGCACUACCAUAGAAGGUAUAGACACUGAGCUCGAUGCGCUCCGUGUAUCAAACCAACGUCUUUCUCAAGAAAAUGAAAGAAUGGCUGCGAUAAUAGAUCGCUACAAUGCCGUGCUCGAGAGCUCAGCUGCGCAGGACUUCAUGAACGAGCACUCUUCAAAUUCUCAACAGUUGUCUGACCAGCAGUCGACUGCUUUUGAAAAUCUAAAUAGAGAGCUUCGUGAGGAAAUUAUUAUGCUCCAGGAAAGGAACAGGUUGCUUUCGGAAGAGUCGAGACUACUAUCGGAAGUUAAUGCUCACAUGAAGAAACAAGAAGAGACUGAUUCUAAACGAACACAAUUGUUGGAGGAAAAAAUCUCGCUUUUGGAGGAACACAGAGAAGAACUUCAGACAUCACUGCGCGAUUUGCAAGAAAGAGCUGACCGAAAAGAGGCGGAUCAGCGAAAGUCGAACAGUGAUGAGGUGACCGCGCUUACCGACCAACUUCGUGAAGCGCUCGCUGCGAAUGCGGAGAAGACUGAGGAGUGUGAGAAACUUAGGCAACAAACUGACGAUUUGGAAAAGGAAGUUACUGUGCGGCAGUCGUGUAUAGAUGAGAUGAUUGCGCAAACAAACGUCUUGCAAGUACAGCUGCAACUAGCCGCAGAAAACAACAUGCACCUCAAACAACAAAUUUUGGAGAAGGAUCGAUCAUUAAGCACGCUAAACGAUGAAGUGAAUCGGAAGCAGCCGGAGGAAUCCACAUUAACGGACGAAGCGAACAAAGAAUCUGGAAACGAUGGAGUAGAGGAGAGGCAAGCUUCUCCCAGCAAGAUCGAAGUAGUUAUAACGUCUGAGGAUGCCGGUCGUUUGGAAGAAGAACUCAAGCUUUUGAAACAGUCUUUCGCCGAGUUGGAAGGAAAACUUAAGGAAAGAGAUGAAGUGGUUGAAACACUGACACAACAGAAUGCGCAGCUUCGACAGUCUUAUGCAGAAUUAGAAGCGCAACUCAAGGAAAGAAAUGGGGUGGUUGAGACUCUGGCCCAACAGAAUGAACAGCUCCGACAGGUGAUCACACAAAAACAUUCGGAAAGUGUCGAUUACUACACCCGAUUAGAGGCAGCUUUGGCUCAGGUGGCUGCAUUAGAGCAGAAAUUAACAAGUAAUGAACAACAAUCUGCACAAGCAAUAGCGAGUGAGCAGAGCUCCCGCGAAAAAAUGUCUCGUGAACUACAGCGGCUCAAAGAGCACCUACUUCUUAUCGAAGAAACUUCGACAACAGAAGCUGUGGAAGCUGAGAAAAGAGAGACUGAACUGAGAGAACAGAUUAGACUUUUGCAAAGUUCCGUAAACGCUGCUGAUUCUGAAUCAGCUAGAUCAGCGGAAAACAUGAAGGCUGAACUCUCGUCGCUACAAGAACGGGUCGUAGUUGCGGAAGAGUCUGCUGAAGAUUGGAAAUCACGAUUUGAGACCGAGAAGCGCUUACGAGCGGAAACUAACGAGGCUCUGACGAGUUUGCAGGUAGUUGUGAGAGAACUCUCAACGGACCAUGAACGAGAAACAGCUGAUGCGUCACACAGAAACAUGGAGCUUCAGCGCAAAAUUGAGGAGCUAACAGCCGUUGUCGAAAACACGCGUGCUGAGAUGGAACGCCUCUCCUUGGAUAAACAAACAAUGGAGGAUCUGCUAGAGUCGGCCAAGAGUACAAUCAAUAGCCGUCAAAAGAUUGUUGAGGAUUUGGAAGUACAAUUAGAAGAACUACGAGCAUCGUCACGGCUUUCGACGGAAAGUUAUCGUAUCGACGAUGCUACAUUGCGCCAAUUAUUUUUGAGUUAUUUCACUGCUCCAGUAGACAAACGUGCUGAUAUUGCGCUCCUUUUGGCAAGCAUUUUGGAAUAUCCACCAGAGGACAUGGAAAAGGUUCGUCAUGCAGUCAGUGGCAGAACUCCAAGCAAAAAACGACAGAGUGGUGGUAUUUCACUGGCUGAACAGUUUAUUCGUUUCUUGGAGAACGAAUCCGAAUCGGCCAGUACAGCUCCUCACCUACCCGUUGCACCCAGGGAAUCAACACCUGGGCCAUCAAUAACCCCUCCAACGCUAAAUCCUACGCCUUCACAACCAAAUAAUACAACAGGUGGGGUGACGAUACUCGUCUAG